CACCUGGGAGGCAGUGACACUGAAACUGGCUUAAAAAGAUUAGAUUAUAAUAUAUAUUUUAGCUUUCUUUUAUAGUUUCUGUAGAUACCUACUUUUGUUUGUCCUUGAUGUUUUAUAUAUUUUUUACAAACAAGCAUGUAAUGGGACAGCCGCAGCGGCUGCUGAUCUGUGUCAACCCAACACCAUCUCCUUUAUGCUGAUUGUUUGUUUUAAACCACAACUGAGUUGCUGAUAAGUAACAGAAAAAUCAUGGCUGCUGCACAAGAUGGAGCUCCUUCUGAAGAGCACAUAAAUGAUGAACCCCUUAUUCCAGUUCCUGAGCUGAGGGUUGUUCUUCUCGGAGGCAGCUGGUCUCAGCGGAUGUCAGUGGGGAACUUCAUACUGGGAGAUGAUUAUUUCAAAGUACCAAACUUUGUAGGAAUCAGUAGACGAGUGGAAAAAAAUAAAUUAACUGUCAUCAACACCCUGGAUCUGGAUUCUAGUGCAGAAGACAAACUUGAGGAGUUUCUACAUGAGUUUAAGACGAUCUCUGCUCCUGGACCUCAUGUGUUUCUAUUGGUCAUACAGCCUGAAAAGUUCACAGAGAAAGACAGAAACAGAAUGUGCUGCGUCCUUCAAACUUUCAGUGAUCAAUCAUUUGAACAUUCACUGAUAAUGAUUCUGAAACCUAAUAAGUACAGUGCCUAUUCUGUGACACCAUACGUAAAUAAACCUGCAUUACAGGAGCUGAUCAAAAAAUGUAAAUGCAGAUGUUUAGAACAGAAGAAUCUUGAACUUAAAGAGUUGCUGGGUCAAAUUGGUCAAAUAGUCAAAGAGAAAAAUCUAGAACAUGUGAGCAAUGGAGCAGCCUCCAUGUUGGCCAACGACAGCAAGAGACUUAGCAAACAAGUGACAAAUGCUGCAGUUGCUGUUAAUGCUGCCACUGAUGGAAACAAAGAAAUGGCUUCUGGAAUGUCAGCCAUUUUGAGACACUCUUUUUCAGUCAAAGAACCCAAUGUUACAUGUUUGAAUCUGGUUCUGUGUGGAAGGAGAGAACCAGUGAAGACCUCAGCAGCCAGGGCCAUUCUAGGUCAGACAGAUCUUCCUUCAGCCUCCAACUCUUCAGGGUGUGUCAGAAACCAGGGAGAGGUGUGUGGACGUUGGGUUUCUGUGGUGGAGCUGCCUGCCUUGUAUGGAAAAGCUCAGCAGGAAGUGAUGGAGGAAUCAUUCAGGUGUAUCUCCCUCUGUGAACCUGAGGGUGUCCACGCCUUCAUCCUGGUCCUACCUGUGGGUCCCCUCACUGAUGAAGACAAGGGAGAGUUACAGACCAUCCAGGACACUUUCAGCUCUAGAGUCAAUGACUUCACCAUGAUCCUGUUCACUGUAGAGUCAGAUCCUACAGCUGGAGAUGUUAACUUCAUAGAGACUGAUAGAAACAUCCAGGAGCUCCUUCAGAGCUGUGGAGGAAGAUAUGUUGUUCUCAACAUCGAGGACAGACAGCAGAUCCCAGAACUGAUGGAGAUGGUAGAAACUAUAAGUAAUAAAGGGUCCCGUUUCUUUACGAAUUACAUGUUCACUAGUGUCUUGAUUGAGAAAACCUUAGAUGAAUUCCAGGAUUUGAAACAGAAGUGUUUAAUGCAAGGUGAAGAUAAUCUACAGUCAAUAGAAAAACUCAGGAAAGAGAUAGAAGAUAUGAAGAAGAGGGAAGAAGAAGAGAAGAAAAAACACAGAGAUGAAAUCGAAGCACUUCAAGCUCAACUUGAACAGGAAAGAAAGCAGAAAGUUCAGCUUGUGAAUGAAACAGAUGAAUCCAUGGAGCAGCAUUGUGAGAAAAUAGAGAAAGAAGCCGAGAAAGAGGCGAGAACAUUUCAAAAAGCAUUGCAGCAUCAAAAAGGUGAUGCUUUAGAAGAACAAGCUGACGUUGAACAAUGCCAAAGAGAGGCAUCUGAGAAGCAGAUGAAAGAAAAUGACAUCACAGAACAAAUGAAGCAGAAGCAACAACUCCAGUCCUCCCCCUCUCUACCAGAAGAUGUUUCUAAGAAUCCAGUCUGUCCUACCACUGCAACCUCAGGUCAAAUGGAAAAUGGGACACAGACCAGCGACACAGAUAAUACAGGUGAACAUCAACAUUAUCCUGUUCUCUCUAUCUGCUUUCUACUUUUAAUUUGGGUCAAGGUAGUGGUAAGAGAAAUUUAGAUAAAAACAAAACAAGUG